AUGAAAAAGCCUGAUGAAGCUCGACUUGAUUUGAACAAAUCACUUGAAUUAAGUACAGGCAAGGGUAAUUGCGCUGCGCAAGCAUAUGUUCAACUUGCUUUGAUUCAUCGUUUAAAUGGAGAGGAAGAAUUUGCAAAGAUCGAAUUUGAAAAAGCUUCAGAAUUGGGAUCUAGCUUUGCCAAAAAACAAUUGGUAGCUAUGAAUCCAUAUGCAGCCAUGUGCAACAAAAUGCUAGGAGAAAUAAUGGUAAAAUUACGACAUGGAGAAGGAAAUGAUUAAUAAAAUAUUUUUUUUUCUUGACUAUACUAAACAAUACUAAAUAAUUAAUAUUUUUAUGGGAAAAAGAAGGGAAAAAUAAAAAAAAUAUUUUAGGGUGAUUGGAAUUUUUUGUUUGGUUUGUUUACUUAAAAGGGACCAUCGUUUACUGUGAUAACAAAUCUGCUAUAUUUUUUGGUUUCAUUCGAUAGAGGACCCUGGACUUCCUAUUGCAAAGUGAUAUUAGUUUUCUUGCAAAUUGACUU